AUGAAUUAAAUACGAGGUUUAUGUUAUUAGACUGUACUGAAUGUCAUGUGUUGGAAGUGUUUCAUUUAAAUGUGCCCAUGUGCCCAUUUAAAUGUCCCUCGUUAGCUAGCGUCGUUGUUAGUCUGCCCCUGGACCUUAGCAGUCGUUCAUUAUCAAAGUAGCUAGCAUCAAGCUAGCUCACGGUAGCUGUUUCUAGCAGGUCCCCUCCCGCCCAUUCAGUUACGUUUGUCAGAAGUUCCCACCGUAGUGAAGGCUAGUUUAUUUGGCUAACCAAAUGAAUACAUGUUUACCAGACACACGUCUUUGCAGCAUUUUCAUUGACAGCUUAUGGCUAGCAAGUUAGCUAACUACCACUGGAAAGGUGUGCUGCAGGCAGGUAGAUGACAUGCAGGGUGAGCCAUGGACCAGAUCACCUUCCAUUAUGACACGGUGCUGUCUGACGUUCACCUGUUGCUACCCAACUCUCGCCACCUCAUGGCACGCCUUAACAGCGUAGGACAACCAGUGUUCAUCUCCCGGUUCAGAAUCCUGUGGAACGGAGCGAAGCAGCACACCUGUGACCUCGGUUCCCCCUGCGGAGGGGAAGAAUUAGACCGCGACACCCAGGAGGAGAGUGGAAGGGGAGAUGCUAGGUGGAGUGAGGCUGUGGCUGACGGAGGGGAGGACGGAGGGGAGGACGGAGGGGAGGACGGAGGGGAGGACAGAGGGGAGGACAGAGGGGAGGACAGAGGGGAGGACAGAGGGGAGGACAGAGGGGAGGACAGAGGGGAGGACAGAGGGGAGGACAGAGGGGAGGACAGAGGGGAGGACAGAGGGGAGGACAGAGGGGAGGACAGAGGGGAGGACAGAGGGGAGGACAGAGAGGUAGAACCACCCCUGGAUGAAGAUGGAGAUUUAGAGGUACCACGCAGGUCAGUUACAUCUCACCUGCACAUCAGUCACCACAGUAAUUACAGUCAAACCUUCCCUUUGUUAUUCAUUGCCUUCAUUUGAUUGUUGUACAGUAAAUGUUUUAAGGCCAGAGGAUCAAUAGAAUGGGAGAAUACACCAAUGUCCAAUUUAGAAAUGUGGCUGUGCAUCAGCAGGGUUUCUCUUUUUAUGUCAGCCACUGAUCGUCACUCAAUUAUCUCUCUCAGCAUUAUUUAGAAAUGUGGUUGGGCAUCAGCAGGGUUUCUCUUUUUAUGUCAGCCACUGACAGUCACUCAAUUAUCUCUCUCAGCAUUAUUUAGAAAUGUGGCUGUGCAUCAGCAGGGUUUCUCUUUUUAUGUCAGUCACUGACCGUCACUCAAUUAUCUCUCUCAGCAUUAUUUAGAAA